CACAGCAGGAGGAAGACUCUUUCACUCAGGAACCAAAAAGCCACUCGGAGACUGGGAAGUUGUGACCAAGCGGAAUAACUCGCGUGGUCGACAUGGAGUGACACGGACUCGGCGGAAGCUGAAGAGAAACAAGACGAGCCUCGCGAUGGAAAGCAGUUUGGUGAAGUGGAUCAGUCUCACCUCUGUGCUGUGGCUGGGCUGCUGCGCACUGGCGGAAAAGAAAGUAUGCCAAGGCCUCUCCAACCGGUUAAGCCUUCUGGGUACCAGAGAUGACCACUACCUGAGCACGGUGAAGACCUACAGCAACUGCACUGUGAUCCUGGAGAAUCUGGAGAUCACUUACAUGGAGGAGCACCGUGACCUGUCCUUCCUCAGGUCGAUUCAAGAAGUGGGCGGCUACGUCCUGAUCGCCCUCAACACAGCCCCCAGGAUCCCUCUGGACAACCUGCGCAUCAUUCGCGGUCACACCCUCGAUGUGGGAGAGUUUGCCCUUUCUGUUUUUGCCAAUUAUGACAAACCUACCGCUAAGGGCACCAAAGAGCUUCUUCUGAACAGCCUGACGGAAAUUCUAAAAGGAGGCAUCAAGAUUGAGAGCCAGCAGCUUUGCAACAUGGAGACGAUUCAGUGGUACGAUAUCGUCAACGCUGACAACAAGCCCCGCAUGGAGCUCUCGUUAGUCAGCAAAAAUCCACUUUGCAAACCAUGUGACUCAAGCUGCUCUAAUGGUUCAUGCUGGGCAGCCGGUCCUCAAAACUGUCAGACAUUAACAAAGCUGAACUGUGCACAGCAGUGCUCUCGGAGAUGCAAAGGACCUUCACCGAGCGACUGCUGUAAUGAGCAUUGUGCCGCGGGCUGCACAGGACCGCGGCCCACCGACUGUCUGGCCUGUCGGGACUUCCAGGAUGACGGGGUGUGUAAGGACUCCUGCCCGGGCCUCAUGCGCUACGACCCCAACCUGCACCAGCUGGUGCCCAACCCCCUCGGGAAGUACAACUUCGGGGCCACAUGUGUCAAGAGCUGCCCACAUAACUACAUUGUGACGGAUCACGGAGCCUGUGUGCGGGCGUGCAGUGGGAACACGUAUGAGGUGGAUGAGGGCGGAGUGAGGAAGUGCGCCAAUUGCGAUGGACUGUGUCCAAAAGCUUGUAAUGGUCUUGGAUCCGGAAACCUGACUCACACCUUCUCCAUCAACGCCACCAACAUUGACUCCUUUAUAAACUGCACGAAAAUCAAUGGGAACAUCCAGAUCCUCCACACAUCGAUUCAUGGGGAUUCAUAUACCAAAACACCAAAAAUGGACCCUGCCCGGCUUAAUGUGUUUAAGACAGUGAGAGAAAUUACCGGAUACUUGUGGAUUCAGACGUGGCCAAAGAACAUGACCUCACUCAGUCCUUUUGAGAAUCUGGAGAUCAUUCGAGGACGAACUAAGCAAGGCGACCGCAGCCUGGUUAUUACUACGCUCGCUAUCGACCACCUGGGCCUUCGCUCCCUCAAAGAAAUCAGCGAUGGAAACGUGUACAUCAGUCAGAACCAGAACCUGUGCUACACCAAUAAAAGCCACUGGGAGGGGCUCCUCAGAUCAGAAAGGCAAAUUGCCAAAGUGGUGGAAAACGCUGACGCUGCCACAUGUGCUCUGAGGAACCACACGUGUGACAGGAAGUGCACCGAGGAGGGCUGCUGGGGUCCGGGCCCGGACAUGUGCCUCGCCUGCCGGGACAACAGCCGCGACGGGAGCUGUGUCAACUCCUGCAACAUCCUCGAGGGAGAGCGGAGGGAGGUGGUCGUGAACAGAACCUGCGUGAAGUGUCACAGCGAGUGUCAACGCAUCGACGGGUCGCCAACCUGCAGCGCACCUGGUUCUGGAAAUUGUACGAAGUGUGCCCACCUCCAAGACGGCCUGUUCUGUGUGUCCCGCUGUAUCCAAGGCGUGCCAGGGGAGGACGGCGCGCUGGUCCGGAAAUACCCCGACGAGAAAGUGUGCAAGCUGUGCCACAAAGACUGCACUCAGGAGUAAAACCAUUGUUCCGCCCACCUGACACCUGGCAUUAAACAGUUUCCCUGUGUUAGAGAAAGUUGCUUGUGGUAAUGUGGAUGCUGUAACUUAAGUAAACAAAAAGAAGGACUCCUUCCUGGCUUUGAGCAGAACCUGGGUCUGCCUCGUUCAUCCUGACUACAGAGCUCCAUAGAUAACAUCUCUAUUAGAGUGAGAUUCACCACCUCACCGCCUGACACUUUUUAGCAACAGUCUGGUAAGCUAGGGUUUGGAGAAGUAGAUUAAUUCAAUUUUAGGUUUUGCUUUGGUGUCAGUUAAGUUUGAUACAUGAGGUUCAGGUUUGUUAUUUUGAGCAGAUCGAGCAAAGUCCCUGUCCAAGUCCGUGAUUAUUCCUUAUUUCAUAUUUUACUUCCACCAAGGAGGUUUUCAUCUCAGUUGGUUUGUCUCUACUGGACGGAUUGCCACGAAACUUGAUGGAACAAUGUGCUGUUGGUCAGGGAAUUACCAGUUAAAUGUUGGUGCAAAUCCAGGAAUUGUUGCUCACUUUAUUUAACAUUUGAAUUUCGGUGU